GCCUCUGAUUGGCUAUAAGCCCCUACCUGCGCUACUGCGUAGUAACGGGGUGCUGGGACUGUCAUUUCCCCAGAGGCGAACCAUCCGCGCACGCGAUGAUGAGGAAAGUGGCUGCCCGGCAUUGCACACCAAACGGGUGGCUGACAGGCCUGGGCCUCCACGGCCUUGUACAAGGAUUGCCCGCCGCGCCUUCCUUGGUGACGCCGAAAGUGCUCAUGACUGGCCGAUUCUUGGGAAUUGCAAAGUGGGCAGCCGCUUGCCCAAGCUUGACCGCGGUGCAGCUUUUAUCUUUCAUAUGGGCGUGCCCACCCACAUUUCUACCACCACAUCGACUUUCUCGCAAACAUGGAACAUAUGCAUCUUUCAUAGAUGUUGGUUAGGUAGUUAUCUACCCUUCCAUUCCUUCCUCGGACCUACACCAGCUUCUUCUGCGCAUCAACAAGGGAGGCCUCGAAUUUAAUAUGGGCAACUCGGGGAGCUCUCUUCAGACCUGCCUGAACGCCGUCUGCAAUGGCAGGUCGGGGUGCGUUGGCUACCCCAGUGACCCACUCUACCAGAUUUCAUGGGUCAAGCCCUACAAUCUCGACAUCCCCGUCACUCCCGUCGCUGUUAUCCGGCCCAAUACGGCGAAGGAUGUGGCCGGCAUCGUCAAGUGCGCCGCGGCGAACGAUGUGAAGGUGCAGGCCAAAUCCGGGGGGCACUCGUAUGGGUAUCUGACAAUGGAUGUGAUUACAGGCGUCGGCGGCACCAAUGGCGAGAUCGCGAUCGACAUGGUCAACUUCCAGGGCUUCAGCAUGAACGAGACGACCUGGCAGGCAACCAUAGGCUCCGGCACGCGCCUGGGCGACGUGACCAAGAGGCUGCACGGCGCGGGCGGCCGGGCCAUUGCCCACGGUGUGUGUCCCGGCGUCGGCAUCGGCGGCCACGCCACCAUCGGUGGACUCGGCCCCAUGUCGCGCAUGUGGGGUUCUUGCCUCGACCAUGUUGUCGGGGUCGAAGUUGUGACUGCCGACGGCAGCAUUCGCCGCGCGAGCAGCACCGAGAACUCGGACCUCUUCUGGGCGCUGAAGGGAGCAGGAGCCGGGUUCGGCAUCAUCACCGAAUUCGUAGUCAGGACCCACCCUGAGCCGGGCAGCGUGGUGCAGUUCACCUACACCAUCACUGUUGGCAGCCAGGCCGACAUAGUGCCAUCCUUCAAGGCGUGGCAGGACCUCGUGGUGGAUCCCGAUCUCGAUCGCCGGUUUGGCACCGAGUUCAUCAUGGAACCCCUCGGCUGCAUCAUCACCGGAACCUUCUACGGCACCCAAGCCGAGUUCAACGCAACCGGCAUCCCCGCCAAACUGCCCAAGGGAGGCAAGCUGGGCCUCACCAUCAACAACUGGGUCGCCUCCCUCGUCCAGGACGCCGAGAACGAGGCCCUCUACCUGACCGACACUCCGACGGCCUUCUACUCCAAGAGUCUCGCAUUCCGGCCCGAGGACGCCAUCCCGGAGGCCCAGAUCCGCGACCUCUUCAAGUGGAUAGACGGCGCCACCAAGGGCACGCUCCUCUGGUUCGUCAUCUUCGACGCGACGGGCGGCGCCGUCAACGACGUGGCCGCCAACGCCACGGCGUACCCGCACCGCGACAAGUUCAUGUUCUACCAGUCGUACGCCGUCGGCUUCCCGCCGCUGCCGCGCGCGACGCGGGACUUCCUCGCGGGCGUGCACUCGCGCAUCCUCGCGGCGCUGCCGGUUGGCGCCGAUGCUGCGCCGCACACCACUUACGCCGGCUACGUCGACCCGGCCCUCACCGACGGGCCACAGGAGUACUGGGGCUCCAACUUGCCCCAGCUGGAGCUCGUGAAGCGCACGUGGGAUGCCGCCGACCUGUUCAGCAACCCGCAGAGUGUUCGGCCUGCUUCUGCUGCGUAA